AUGGAGUCGCACAAGUCUCCAAUUUAUAAUAAGGUGUGUGUCAAUGGAAGGUUUUGUAAUGUGUCGGAAAGUCUUAGUUACCUAGUUGACCAGAGGUACCCAGGGAAAAAAUCAGAACGUCCGGCAACCAUGUGUCACAUGCCUGUUUUUGGAGGUGAACGUCAUAAACCCUAAUAGGGUUUGUAUUCAGACUUCGAAAAAUAAAUCAAAUGUUUUAAGCUGCUUGACAUUGUUAAAAGCAGCUUAAAAUGUUUUUCAAACUCUUAGGCUACCUCCAUAUUUUACCUUUGUUCCUGCAUUUAACUAAUGUGUGUAAUACUUUAAUUUUGCAGGUAAAACAAGCUAGACUUCUGGCUGUGUUUGAUUUUGAUCAUACCCUUGUUGAUGGAAACACAGAUACAUGGAUUACAAAGCUACAUCCAUGCACCAUGCAGCUGAUACGAGAACAUCAACAGUAUGGAUGGUGUUGGACAAACAUUAUGGACAAAGUGUUUGAAGUUCUCCAUUCAGAAAAGUUUUUAAAGAAUGAUUUUGUAACUUGCCUUGAAUCUUUAAAAUUUACAGCUGGAAUGAAGGAGACUUGUAAUUACUUACAGAGUAACAGUGUAUCUACAAUAAUUAUCUCUGAUUCCAAUAGUUAUUUCAUUGAUCAUUUACUAGAGCGCGACUCUUUACAUUGCACUUUCUGCAGCAUUUACACAAACCCUGCUGGCUGGAGGAGUGAUGGUCGUUUGCAUGUGGAACGAUUUCAUGAACAUGAAUGCACUGUCUGCCCUCUGAAUCUUUGCAAAAGGAAAGUUCUUCAGACUCAUCUUGCUGAUUGUGCUGAACGCUAUGAGUCCAUUGUUUAUGUUGGGGAUGGACACGGUGAUCUUUGCCCUUCUCUUGCAUUAAAACCUGGAGAUUACAUCUUGGCAAGAGAUGGGUACAAACUUUUAAAAUACCUGAAAGGAGAAAAAGGAGAAGAAGUGAAGGCAGAUGUUAUACCUUGGUCAUCUGGUUUUGAAGUGCUCCAAUUCUUUCAGCAGUUAUGUGAAUAGCAAACAAAGAAAACACCAACUGUUUCUAUUGAUUAUUUCCUAUCAUAAAUUUGUUAGGAAAGGUUGCCCUAAUUUUGCCCACUAAAACAUUACUUAAUGUUGUGGGAGUUGAGUGGCUAGUAUGCAAUAAAAAGAUUAUACUUUUAGUUUUAGCUGUUUGCUUAGAUCAAGACUGGUU